AAUCAGACGUCAUUUUUCUCACUGUAUUUAAUUUUUUGUGUGUUUCAGGUUCGAGAUAACGCCACGCUGGUUCUGUCCAGAGUUUUACACACACAGUCUUUCCACCAGCACCAGGACAGCUACGAAGAGAAAAACGCGCUGCUGGAGGACGACAACACCUUCCACCUGGUGCGGCCGGCCGAUGAGAUCGAUGAGGUGAAGUCAAAGCGGGGCAGCAUGAAGGACAAGGCCAUGACCAAAGCCAUCACCGAGAUCUACCUGACCAGACUGCUGUCCGUCAAGGUGAGGCGGCGAGGGGCUCCACGCGGCGACCCCGUCUGCACACCGUCAGCCACCGCUCGCCAAAACGUCCGCUGUCUUCAGAGGAGCUCAGUUUGCAGAGACCGAGGAGUGUAAAGAGUUAAUUAAUGAUGAAUGACGUCAGGCAGCAAAUACAGCAGAUU